GUUCAGCUCACAAGAGCUAAUUCUUUCGUUUUCCCCUGGGAAUUCACUUAUCUUCGCCCCCUUUCUCUGGCCUCCCGUCGUCACCCUGGAGGCUGCUUCAGCACGGAUGGCAGCUAGGGACCGCUUUGGUGGUGCCUAUGCUGACCUGGCCUUCACCCCUCUUCAACGGGCGAUUCGGAAUGCUUGUGACCUCUCGCACUAUGAACCGAAUCUCGCCCUAAACCUCGAAGUUGCCGACCUGGUCAAUUCCAAGAAAGGCAAUGCACCUCGAGAAGCAGCGCUUGAGAUCGUCCGUCUCAUCAAUUCCCGGAACCAGAAUGUGUCGUUGCUAGCACUGGCGCUUCUCGAUAUUUGCGUUAAAAACUGCGGGUACCCCUUUCAUCUCCAGAUCAGCACCAAGGAGUUCCUGAAUGAAUUGGUGCGUCGCUUCCCCGAGCGGCCGCCUAUCCGGCCCUCGAGGGUUCAACAUCGCAUCCUAGAGUCGAUCGAGGAGUGGAGGCAGACGAUAUGCCAGACAUCGCGGUAUAAAGAGGAUCUAGGGUUUAUUCGGGAUAUGCAUCGGUUACUUCUGUACAAGGGCUAUGUGUUUCCCGAGAUUCGUCGCGAGGAUGCGGCGGUCCUCAACCCCAGUGACAACCUGCGCUCGGCUGAGGAGAUGGAAGAGGAAGAUAAAGAAGCCCAAUCGGCCAAAUUGCAGGAGCUGAUUCGCAGAGGUACGCCAGCCGACCUACAGGAAGCGAACCGGUUGAUGAAGGUUAUGGCGGGAUACGACAACCGACACAAAACCGACUACCGGGCUAAAGCGGCAGAGGAAGUGGCUAAGGUGCAAGAGAAGGCUAAGAUCUUGGAGGAAAUGCUGCAAAGCCAUGCGCCCGGAGAUCGGCUCGCUGAGGGUGAUGUGUUCGAGGAGCUUGCUGGUGCCCUUCAGAGUGCGCACCCGAAGAUCCAGAAGAUGUGCGAGGAGGAGUCGGACGACCCAGAAGCCGUUCGCAAGCUUCUAGAGAUCAACGAUAGCAUACACCGCACCGUUGAACGAUACAAGCUGGUCAAGAAAGGCGAUCUUGAGGCGGCGUCGAGGAUUCCCAAGGGUACCUUGGGCACUACCACCGGAGUGUCCAAGAACUCCAACAAUGAGUUGUCCCUAAUCGAUUUCGACCCGGAGCCUAGUUCGAACGGGAACGCCGAGCAACCCCAGCCGGGUGCUAGCUCUCUUGAGAAUGACUUGCUUGGCCUUUCAAUUGAGGAGCCGCUCCCUGCUAGCGGUGGGAUAUCACUAGGAUCAGGACCAAGGCCGAUGACAUCUGUUACUCCACCGGUUCCCCAGAAUGCUGGCUCAUUCAACCCCAACUAUGACAUUCUUUCCUCGUUGAGCUCAUCGCAACCUCCAUCUAAGUCGUCCAGUCCGGCCCCGGGAUUUACUCGGCGCCAGAACGCGACGGCAACGCCUCCACCUUCCGCCGCAGUCGACCCAUUUGCAUCAUUGAUGUCUGCAAGCCCGCGGAACCCAAGCCCCCUCCCAUCCGGCAGCUCUACGAGUCCCCGAGCGCCGCCUUCUUCCUCUUUACGCGACCUAGCAGGCAGCGGGCCAUCGGUGCCCGAGCGGACGAGCGCCAAGGGGGCGGAGGAUGACGAGUGGAAUUUUACAUCCUCGCUGCCCGAGAGUAGUUUACCCAGCACGAGUCGGGUGCAUGUCCUAAACUCGGCAUUGAAGAUUGAAUUUGUUGUGCGACGGCACCCGCAGCAACCGCGACAGAUUCACAUUGUCGCGCUGUUCUCGAACGGGACUAACCAGGUCUUGAACGAGCUACACUUUCAAGUUGCGGUAGAGAAGGCGUAUACAUUACACCUCCGACCGCAGUCUGGACGAGAGAUCGCGCCGCUUCAGACCAACGGGGUACAGCAGGAGAUGCUGAUUGACGGGAUUGACGUAGGCAAGGGGAACUCUGUGAAGAUUCGAUUCAAGGUCGCAUACCAAGUUGGCGGCAAGCGAACAGAGGAGCAAGGGAUGGUUCCCCCGUUGGGAAUUGCAUGAUAGAUUUCCUGCAAUCGGAUUGUAUUUAAGAUUUCGUGAAGCAUCAUCCAUCACAUUCCAUGAUUUACAUUAGCCUUGAGAGAAGCCGUGUUGUGAUAUACCUGUUUACUAGUGCCAUCAUUUUCUUCUCUUUCUUUCUCUUUCUUUCUCUUUACUUGAUUCCUGAGAUAAGUAUAAGAAGUAGAUAAAGAAAGAAAAAAAAAAGGAGGUAUUUCG